AAUACAAACUUCGUCCCCAGUAUUUAAUUGAAAUAAUUAAAAAUAAACUCCCAAGAGUCAAUUUGCUUCCACUCCCACCUGUCCUUCACCUCAACAAACCAACCAAACCUUUCCCCCUUCCCCUUUCUUCUCCAAUCUUCUCCCAAAAUUUCUCCCACUCAAAACAGAACAAAACAAAAAACAGGCAAAAAUCCAAAAAAUAAAAAAAAUAAAAAAGAAUGAGAACCAGCAACCAUUUGAUAGGGGCGAUAAACUUCCUGACAUUACUAGCGUCAAUCCCGAUUUUGGUCGGCGGGAUAUGGCUGAGCGGCAGGGCCAACUCCACAGACUGCAUGAAGUUCCUCCAAUGGCCGCUCAUAGUCAUCGGAGCCUCGAUUAUGGUGGUUUCUCUGGCCGGAUUCGCCGGAGCCUGCUACCGGAACACUUUCCUCAUGUACGUCUACUUGUGGGCCAUGUUCCUCGUCAUCGCCGCCCUAAUCGGAUUCGUCAUCUUCGCCUUCUCCGUCACCGACAGGGGUUCGGGUCGACCCGUCAUGAACCGCCGCUAUUUGGAGUAUUACCUCCAGGAUUACUCGGGGUGGCUCGCGGAGAGGGUCACCAGUCAGGCCUACUGGUCCAAGAUCAGUUCCUGUAUUAGGGAUUCUCACGCUUGUAAACGGAUCCGAAGGUCCAUUAAUGGCUUCCCUGAGUCUGCUGAUAUGUUUUACUUCCGGCAUCUCACCCCUAUUGAGUCUGGAUGUUGCAAGCCGCCCACGGCAUGUCUCUUCGUUUAUGGGAACGAGACGUAUUGGAACAUAGCAGGGACCAUUGCAGCCGACCCAGAUUGCCAGAGGUGGAGCAACGAUCAACAACAACUAUGCUAUAACUGCGACUCUUGCAAAGCCGGUAUACUAGCCAGCCUCAAGAAAAGCUGGAGGAAGGUUUCUGUGAUCAACAUCGUCAUACUAAUCAUCCUGGUGAUUUUGUACGUGGUCGCCUGCGCAGCUUUCAGGCACGACCAACGUAUGGACAAUGAUGAGCCUUAUGGUACUGCUAGAAUGGAGAAGGAACGCCCCGCGAGGAUACAUUUCUAGGGGAACAGGGUAGAGACUAAAAGUUGGUUCAAAAUAAUAUUGCAUUGCAUUGUAUUUAUUAUGGCUUAUUUUAAUGUGGGAUGGUAUUUAGCUUUAAUGCCAGCAUUGCUUUGGGUCUUGUUUGUAUUGUUGGUGUGCUUUGAAUAUCUUUGCCCUUCACUUCAUUUUGGUGAAAUGCUAGGGGUUGAAAGUCAUGGAUCCAAUGGAGCACCGUAGAGUUCCGGUGUCAUCGUGAAGUGUUUAGUGAUCUGUUGGUUGUAGAUCACUAAAAAAAUUUUAAAAAAUUGUGCAUUCAUUA